AUGGCAGUCCCCAUGCCCACAAUGGGGCCAUCGGCUUUAGGCCAGACAGGUCCUGGCUCCAUGGCUCCCUGGUGCUCCAUGAGCUGCGGCCUGUCAUGCUACGUCCUCGGGAUGCAGGAGUUGUUCCGAGGUCACAGUAAGACGCGCGAGUUUCCGGCGCACAGCGCCAAGGUGCACUUGGUGGCCUGGAGCUGCAACGGGCGUCAGGCACGCUUAGCCUCGGGAUCCUUCGACAAGACGGCCAGCGUCUUCUUGCUGGAGAAGGACCGGUUGGUCAAAGAAAACAACUAUCGGGGGCAUGGAGACAGUGUGGAUCAGCUGUGCUGGCAUCCAAGUAAUCCUAACCUCUUCGUCACUGCAUCUGGGGAUAAAACCAUUUGGAUCUGGGACGUGAGGACCACAAAAUGCAUUGCUACUGUGAACACCAAAGGGGAGAACAUUAAUAUCUGCUGGAGUCCCGAUGGGCAGACUAUUGCUGUAGGCAACAAGGAUGACGUGGUGACCUUUACUGAUGCCAAGACACACCGUUCCAAAGCAGAAGAACAGUUCAAGUUUGAAGUCAACGAAAUCUCCUGGAACAAUGAUAAUAACAUGUUCUUCCUGACAAAUGGCAAUGGUUGUAUCCACAUCCUCAGCUACCCAGAACUAAAGCCUGUGCAGUCCAUCAAUGCCCAUCCUUCUAACUGCAUCUGUAUCAAGUUUGACCCCAUGGGGAAAUACUUUGCCACAGGAAGUGCCGAUGCUUUGGUCAGCCUCUGGGAUGUGGACGAGUUAGUGUGUGUGCGGUGCUUCUCCAGACUGGAUUGGCCUGGCAGGACACUCAGUUUUAGCCAUGAUGGGAAAAUGUUAGCAGCGGCAUCAGAGGAUCAUUUCAUUGACAUAGCUGAGGUGGAGACAGGAGACAAGCUAUGGGAAGUGCAGUGUGAGUCCCCGACCUUCACUGUGGCUUGGCACCCCAAAAGGCCUCUGCUGGCAUUUGCCUGUGAUGACAAAGAUGGCAAAUAUGACAGUAGUCGGGAAGCUGGAACUGUGAAGCUGUUUGGGCUUCCAAAUGAUUCCUGAGAGGCGGACCGAGCAGAAGCAGAGGAGGCCAGACUGGAGGAGAGA